ACGUGCGGUUGAGUUGUCUCAUCAAGCGGGUCGCCCUUACGCUGUACUCCCUUACGCCCUCACUCCCUGAUGCGCGCCCACUGCAUGUGGCCAUGCGUGUACGAAGAGCUGCGUCCAUGCCCUUGCCCCUUCGAGAGAACCUGCAUGCUGCCUCGUCAGGCCAGAAGUUUGACUUUUUAAGUCUCAAGCAACCUCCAUCUGCGGCGGCUAAAUGCAGUGGCUUUCCGAUCCAAGAAAAAAAAAAAAAAAGAAGUAAAGAGUGCGAAAGACAAGUCUUGCUUCGCCUUGAUCACCUGACGAGACGGCGGCGAGGAGUAAGCAUGCGCGGCCGUCCCAGUCACGAACACGCCUGCUCAUGUUUCCACGGUGUCCCGAUAGUACGACUGCUCGUCUAGAAGAAUCAACCGCCACCAGGGCCGUCGCCCCCUGCCAUUGCCACGACGACAGGUUCAAUCUGGCUUCAACAUAAUCUCGACGGAUAGCAGAAUAUGCUUCCACUUCUGCAAAACACUGGCAAACGCUGGGUAACGGCAGGCGACAAGGUCUGGCUCUCCGUGGCCACAGGGACAGUGGCCCUAUGGAUUUACGCAUAGCCCCCGCUGAAAAUACAGGUCGAAGCAACACGAGGUGCUCCACGAGUUCAUGGCGCGGCUAAGACUGUCCAUCUCCGACCCUCCACCUGUCGGCAGUCUGUCGACGCCGGACGGCCUCCUGAAGCUGCAUGUUGAGCUGGCCUUCGUCUAUGAGCUGAGCGGCCUCUUCUUCCUGAGGCCGGCAAUGCCGCGAUCCAUCCGCAUGGCUGCAGACUUGUCCUUCAUGCGCGCGUCCGACUCAUACCCGACGCCCGACCUCUUUUUCGAGACUAUCGACAAGCUCCCGGACAAGGUGCUGCUGCUCAUCUUCUCGUACCUGCCGCAGCGCGAGGUGGGCCGGCUGGCCCGCGUGUGCCGCAAGUGGCGCACGGUGUCGGCCGACUCGCGCCUCUGGACCCACGUGUCGCUGCGGCCCGAGGUUUCUGGCCUUCACGUGGCCAGCAUCGAGAAGCUGCUAGCGCUGAUCGCGGUGCGCUUCGGCGCUUCGCUGCGCUACAUCGAGCUGCCCAUCGAGCUCAUCACGCACACCGUGCUCCACGAGCUGGGCAACAAGUGCCCAAACUUGACGCAUAUGCUGCUCGACUUCUCGACGGCCAUGCAGCUGCACGACUUCAACGACCUGCACACCUUCCCCACCAAGCUGCGCGUCAUGUGCAUCUGCCUCUCCGAGGUCAUCUUCAUGGAGGGCUUCAUGCGGAAGAUAUACAACUUCAUCAACGGACUCGAGGUGCUCCACCUCAUCGGAACAUACGAGAAGGUUGAAGAGGAAGAGGAGGAAAUAUACGAAGUCAUCAAUAUUCACAAGAUUAAAAGUGCUGUACCGAACCUACGCUGUGUCAACAUGUAUGGUAUCGCGUUUGUGGACGACAGUCACGUUGAAGCCUUCAGCAGUAACUGCAUUCAACUGGAGUGCCUUUCACUGAACUUCUGCGCUAAGGUAACGGGUUCCACACUGAAGCUGCUCUUUCAGAGGUGUAAAAAGCUCAAGACUCUGUUGAUGCAGCAGACGGGACUCAAGGCCGAGCACGUGAUGGCGGCCGACUGGGAGAACACGAACAUCCAGGAGCUGGACAUAACAGCAACAGAGCUCCCUACAGAAUGCCUUAGCGACCUGCUCUCUCGGUUGCCAAACUUGCGUUACUUAUGUGCAGGCCAGCAGGAUGGCUUCACUGAUCAGGUCUUGAAGGAUUGGAUGGAAAAGGGGAACAUCAAGAACCUGAUCGCCCUGGAUCUUGACAGGAAUGAAAACCUGUCCGAGGAAGCGCUUCUGAAGUUCCUCAAGGUACAGGGCCACAUGCUUCAGGGACUUGUUCUAUCUGGCAUUCCCCACCUGUGCGAACAAUUCUGGCAAAGCACCUUACAGAUCAUCAAAAAGAUACGGAUUCUCGUUGCUGGAAUGGCGACUGGCUGCUGCAAGAAGAUUCACCAAAAGAUUCACAUCGACUCUAUGCUUGACGCCAUUGCCAAUAACUGUGCAGAGAUUGAGAGACUGGAGAUCGGCUGGGACAGUGAAACGCUUCGUUUUAGCGACCGCAGCAGUAAGGCCAUUGACACGGUGCGAGUUAAGUGUCUCCGCUUGCGCUGUCUGGUUCUUUGCGACGGAAAGUAUUUUGAGCUGGUUAAGUCAAACUUCGAUCGAGCGGACAGACACACGCUGGUUCGUUCUACAACAAACUGCCGGGUGACGCUUGUCUACCUUCUGUCGUGCUACAAGGAUCUUAUCUUUAACUGACUGCCACCGGAGUUUGCAUUACUACUUCUAAGCAAGCGUCCGAACAAUGAGCAACGAAUGAUGCACAAGGAGCCUUUAACAAUUAUAACAUCUAACAAAUUAUAUCUGGCAUCAGUCGAUCUUUACUGCUCCUGAUAGAACAAGAAGAAAUAAACUUUAUUUAAAGAGCCAGCACUUUGCUUUUAGUGGACUCAGGUGUCGGCUCGAAGUCCUUGGACUCGGGCAAUUGUUUUAUAAGUUGAUCCAAGGGAACCACAGGUAUUUUAGUAAGACCCUGCCUGUAGAUACACCAAAAUGCCUGAAGCGAACUGAAACAGCCUCAGCCUGAAACAGCCAUUGCAUCCAUAGCAUGAGAACACAGGCUGAAAGUACAGGUUCUCUAGCUGUGUGACUGUCAAUGCCUGUUGAAGCUCGAUACACAGCGUUACCUGCCCACUGGUUUGCUUUCUGAGAAUGAUGACAGCCCAAAGUGGCUGAGGAAUAAAGCUCAGAUGAUGCAUUCCGGAUGCUGCAGCAAAUGCGUUUUCAUGCACGACUACCUUAAAGUGUGCGUGGGGGGAGGGGGCAGACAAACAUAGUAUGAAGUAAGAAAACAAAGUGUGAUACUUCUUGCACGUUUCUGACUAUAGUGCAAAUGGUCACAGAACCAACGUGAAAGAUUUUUGGCUAUUUCUUAUACAUGCAGUUGGAUUUCUAAGAGCCAACGAGAAUUCAGCCGCGGGCGGAUGUUUGCUGUUAGGACAGUUGGUAUAUGGUAUUUAAAACGAAAACAGCGCAGACUAACAUGACGAGAACAGUAUGCAGAAACGAUCGGCGAUGGAGCACGCACCCUUUCCCUCGCCUUCCUGGAGUCCCUUCGUGACAGCUGUGUAUAGCGAAUGCGUCCGCUUCUUCCUCUCCUAGGUGUGUUGGUUUCAACGCCGUCAGGGUUUGAUAGAACGCUCUCCUGCGUCUGCGGUGUGUACUUUAUGGGCGAGAUUACGCUAUAGAUUCUAGUCCGCCGCAAUUUACCGGGGACGGGAAGGAGGGAAAGAGAGACGCUGGGCAUACCGCGUACUAACCCAGAAAUUUCAGUGGGGCCGGAGGGGUCACGUGCCCAGUGUGCCUUUUCCCCCACUUAGACACUUCAUUACGUGGGUCAAGCGAGUGCUCAUCGUAACUGGUUCACCUUUCCCAACAGGGAAACUCAACGGGCAGUCUGUCGCAUUCGUGUAAUCACAGUUGCGGUAAUACUAUUUUGCAUACUGAUUAACCCCGAUAUAAUGUAUUAUCGAUAAAACGAAGUUUAAAUUUGGACGGCCAGGCUUGGUAUCAUAGGGCUUCCUACGGUUCUGACGAAACCGGAAAUGCUAAAUCAGUAGCCAUAUUGGUUACAGCAAGCGAAUAUUUGCCCCGCUGGUAACUCUAUAUGAAAGUGGGCAUGCGUAAAAGUGUGUAUUGUAAAAUGCGCUUGCACAUUUUUUUGUCAGUUGCCCAUAAGCGGUCAACUAAAGUUCUGUACGCAUGAGCCACCCCGAUCGCAUCGACUGCACCGUAGCUUGAGAAGCACCUCGCGGCGAGAAAAGUCGAACUGACGAAGCCGAUUUCAUCCAUCUAUCUACGGCGUUGAUAGCAUCGUACUUUGCAACACCGUGUAAAUUCGCAUGGCAAUUUAUAUUCCUUACAGUCAAAUAAAUUGGUUUUUGAAGCUUAGGUUUGCGUGUUCACGGCGGUACAAAUGCGCGUCUUCGUAAUUUAGCAUUUUCAAGCAACGGAAGGUCCAGUAAAUGCAUCGACUCUCCGCCCGUCGGUGCAUGGCUUGAGGUGCCGACGCAUGACACCAUGCCUUGCAGUUAUUUCACAACAGCUGUUGUAGCCGAUGCCGCUGUGUGCUUUUAUAACGAUAUAUCGGAUAGAACGUAGAUUUUUUAAGUGUCAAAUUCAACUUUGAUAUAUAACGAUGUUCCACCUUCCGUUACCGGCGAAAGCCAGUUAGAGGUACAAUCACGACUCUGUUGCGGGGUCACCUGAAUUGGCGCGUCGCUGAGUGCGAGAUUGAAGCAUGAAAGUGCUAGACGGCGUCACCUGCCAUCAGCGAGUAGCUGUGAGAAAGGGAGACGAUCAAAGGAGAAGUUUCUGCAUUUGAUAAUACGAAAGGCAGAUUUUUAUUAUCAUGUGAAGGAUAACAUUUAAUAUAUCUUAUGAGCGACAA